AUGUCAUCAGUCACAGAUGACCCCGGUCGGUGGACGCUGAUCAAUUUGAACCGUGAUUAUACUGAUUAUAUAGCAGCUUCUUCUGUUGUCGUUGCGUACGACUGGGCACUAACGUUUGGACAGGAGGUUGAAUUGGUCUGGCUUAGCCUUGUUAGAAGCGCUGUGCUUACUUCAAAGUUUUCUAGUAUCUUUGUGUUCACAAUUCUUCCAUCAGACUCCGUGACCAAUAAGGGCUGUGAAAUUAUCAACACCGCACUAUGGUGCACAAAUUUUGUCGUCAACUGCAUGCUAGGCGUCAUCAUGAUCAUUCGAUUAUUUGCCAUGCAUCAGCAAUCGAGAAAUGUGCUUAUCUUUCUCGUUGUGAUCUUCCUCGCUAUCAUGAUUGCCUGCGGAGUGAUUACUCUGAUAGAAGUUCGCCAAAUCCUAGGUGAGGACCUUAUCCUCACCGGCACCCAACAGUGUCUUAUUGGGGGAAACAUACGUCUGACGGUUGAGUAUUGGGUGCUCGGUACUACAUGGGAGGUCCUCGCAUUGUGCUUUGCACUUUGGAGUGCUGUAAAACACUUCCGCGAGCUGCAACGACCAUGGGCGAGAUGGACUAUCGAGGACUGUUUCACAGUGUUAAUAAAAACACAUAUGCUUUACUUUGUAAGCUUUGUUGCUGUGUCUUGCUUCCAACUUGGCUAUUUGUCUCCAACGAUUUUGUAUCCAACCAACGUUACCACGCGGACCUAUGGCGGUAUUCUCCAAAUUUUAUCGUUCGUGCAGAUGUUUGUACUGGGCCCACGCCUCAUCCUCGAUGUUCGAAGAUAUCAUGCUAAGCUCAUAGCUCAGUCUGAUACAUGGACUGCCAUGACAACAAUGGUCUUCCAUGAGCACGUCCAAGCGUCAACUAGCAGUGAUGUCUAGCACUUCCAAUACUGAAAUUAAUCAAUGAUUCUCUGCAGGGAGGACGGGAUUCUUGUCUUGGACUGAUAUGGUGUUCUGAAGUAAAUUGAAAAGAGAGAUAAGUCUGGGCACGCUGAUAUCACGUUGCGUUAGCCCAUACUCAUACAUCCGCUGUUCAGAAUGAAUCAGAACGUCUUGCAGUAAACCAGCUGUUUGGAGUACCACAGGCUCACACCUACGUAAGAAUAUAAGAUUAGACGGAAACGACGAGCAUCAAUGCAGAAUACUCACUGCAUCUGUUACCGACAGUGAAGGAUACUUUACUGCAUGCUUUCCGUGAGAGGAGUGUGUGUACGGGACAUACUCAACGUGAAAUGCUGAUUGUGAGACACAUUAGCACGAUGUCAACUUGGAAUCAGGAAAUCGUGAGUUGAGCAAUUUUGGGGAUGCAGAUUAAUGUGCGAGCAUAACUGACUUGGAUCGAGAUACUCAGCUCAAAAGAGAAAUGAGA